AUGCUGAGUUGUUUUUCUCUUCUAGACACACCAAGGAUUGUUCUGCUGGGGAAAACUGGAGCUGGGAAAAGCAGCCUAGCAAACACCAUAUUUGGAGACACUGUAUUCGAGACAAGCAGUUCUCCAAACUCCCAGACUAGUAAAUGUGAAGCAGAGUCCAGAUCUGUCAAUGGCAGAAGCAUCACUUUGAUCGACACUCCUGGAUUUGUUGACACAGAGAAAACUGAGGAGCAGCUGAGGGAAGAGAUACUGAAGUGUGUCUUAGAGUGCUCUCCUGGGCCUCAUGCUUUUCUCAUCGUGCUUAAAGUGGAGAGAUACACAGAUCAUGAGGAGGCCGUUGUCAAAACGAUUUCCCAAUGUUUCUCUGCAGAAGUUUUCAGAUAUGCUACAGUUGUCUUCACCCACGGUGACCAGCUUGAUGAAGGAGAGAAAAUCCACGACUUUGUCAAUCAGAGUAAAGGCCUGAGGGAUCUUGUGGAGAAGUGUGGUGGCCGCUGUCACGUCAUUGAUAACAAAUACUGGAACAACAACCAGCAGGAUCCCUACAGGAGCAACAAGCUCCAGGUGGCUCAGCUACUCUGUGCAAUAGACAAGACAAUUGAGGAAAAUGAUGGAGGUUGCUUCACCACUGAGCCGUUAGAAGCCACAGAGAGAGAAAUACAAGAGGAGCAAGAGCGUAUUAGACAGUCAUCAGGAAACAUGUCAGAGCGAGAGAUCAGAAAAAAGGCUAAAAUUGAGGUAUUGCAUAGAUUUUGUAUCAAAUUUGCUGGUGUCACAACAGGAGCGUUGUUAGGAGCUUUCCUUGGUUUGGCUGUGGCUGGUUUGACAGCUAUUAUUGCUAACAACCAGCAGGAUUCCUACAGAAGCAACAAGUUCCAGGUGUCUCAGCUACUCUGCACAAUAGACAAGAUAAUUGAGGAAAAUAAUGGAGGCUGCUAG